AUGGCGGGGAGGAUUGCCAAGGAGCUGGAGGAGGCGCGGCGCUGGGGCGGGGCCCGCGAGCUGCGGCCGCUAGAGGGCGACGUGCUGCGCUGGGGGGGGCUGCUGCUGCCCAACAACCCCCCGUACAACGCGGGCGCCUUCCGCUUCGAGCUGACCUUCUCCCCCCACCACCCGCUGGCCCCCCCCCGCGCCACCCUCCGCACCAGCAUCUACCACCCCAGCGUGGACCCCGGGGGCCGCGUCUGCCAGCCCCUCACCGCCGCCCAGCACUGGGUGCCCACCACCCGCGCCAUCCACGUGCUGCAGGACCUGCUGCUGCUGCUGGACAGCCCGGACCCCCAGCGGGUGCUGCGCCAGGAUCUGGCCCGCGAGCUCCAGGAGCAGCCCGAGGUUUUCCGGCGUCGGGCGGAGGAACACACCCGCCGCCACGCCGAGCGGCGCCCCGACGCCUGA